AUGGUUCUCUGCAUGAAACCAAUGGACAGUUUACUCCGAGUAGGGAAUGCUUCCUUGCCCCAGGUGAAGGAGUUCAAGUAUCUUAGGUUCUUGUUCUCGAGUGGGGGGACAAUGGAGCAUGAGACGGGCCGGAUAAAGGGAGCAGCGGGAGCUUUCCCUAUUUACGCAGAAGCUCGUCCACAGCCAGCAUGGCCCGGCCCCAUUUUGGGGAUCCAGUCCCAGCAGCCCGGCUACCCGCCCCGUCCUCAGGCCCAGCAGGCCGGCUACCUGCCACGUCCUCAGGCCCAGCAGCCCAGCAACUCACCACAGCCCCGUACUCAGUCCCAGCAGCCCAGCAACUCACCACAGCCCCGUACUCAGUCCCAGCAGCCCAGCAACUCACCACAGCCUCGUACUCAGUCCCAGCAGCCCAGCAACUCACCACAGCCCCGUCCUCAGUCCCAGCAGCCCGCCUACCAGCCCCAACCUCAGUCCCAGCAGUCCGCCUACAAGCCCCGUCCUCAGGCCGAGCAGCCCGGUUUCCAGGCCAAGCCCCGUCCUCAGGCCCAGCAGCCCGCCUACCAGCCCCAUCCUCAGGCCCAGCAGCCCGCCUACCAGCCCCGUCCUCAGGCCCAGCAGCCCGCCUACCAGCCACGUCCUCAGUCCCAGCAGCCCGGCUUCCCGUCCCGUCCUCAGUCCCAGCUGCCCAGCAACUCACCGCAGCCCCGCACUCAGUCCCAGCAGCCCGGCUUCCCGUUCCAUCCUCAGUACCAGCAGCCCAGCAACUCACCGCAGCCCGGUACUCAGUACCAGCAGCCCGGUUUCCCGUCCCGUCCCCAGGCCCAGCAUCCCGGCUUCCUGCCCCACCCUCAGUUCCAGCAGCCCAGCAACUCACCACAGCCCCGUACUCAGUCCCAGCAGCCCAGCAACUCACCACAGCCCCGUACUCAGUCCCAGCAGCCCAGCAACUCACCACAGCCCCGUACUCAAUCCCAGCUGCCCAGCUUCCCGUCCCGUCCUCAGUCCCAGCAGCCCAGCAACUCACCGCAGCCCCGUACUCAGUCCCAGCAGCCCGGCUUCCCGUCCCGUCCUCAGUACCAGCAGCCCAGCAACUCACCGCAGCCCCGUACUCAGUACCAGCAGCCCGGUUUCCCGUCCCGUCCCCAGGCCCAGCAUCCCGGCUUCCUGCCCCACCCUCAGUUCCAGCAGCCCAGCAACUCACCACAGCCCCGUACUCAGUCCCAGCAGCCCAGCAACUCACCACAGCCCCGUACUCAGUCCCAGCAGCCCAGCAACUCACCACAGCCCCGUACUCAGUCCCAGCAGCCCAGCAACUCACCACAGCCCCGUACUCAGUCCCAGCAGCCCAGCAACUCACCACAGCCCCAUACUCAGUCCCAGCUGCCCAGCUUCCCGUCCCGUCCUCAGUCCCAGCAGCCCAGCAACUCACCGCAGCCCCAUACUCAGUCCCAGCAGCCCAGCAACUCACCACAGCCCCAUACUCAGUCCCAGCUGCCCAGCUUCCCGUCCCGUCCUCAGUCCCAGCAGCCCAGCAACUCACCGCAGCCCCGUACUCAGUCCCAGCAUUCCGGCUUCCUGCCCCGUCCUCAGGCCCAGCAGCCCGCCUACCAGCCCCGUCCUCAGGCCCAGCAGCCCGCCUACCAGCCCCGUCCUCAGGCCCAGCAGCCCGCCUACCAGCCCCGUCCUCAGGCACAGCAGCCCGCCUUCCCGUUCCGUCCUCAGUCCCAGCAGCCCAGCAACUCACCGCAGCCCCGUACUCAGUCCCAGCAGCCCGGCUUCCCGUCCCGUCCUCAGUACCAGCAGCCAAGCAACUCACCGCAGCCCCGUACUCAGUCCCAGCAGCCCGCCUACCGGCCCCGUCCUGAGUCCCAGCAGCCCGCCUACCGGCCACGUCCUGAGUCCCAGCAGCCCGCCUACCAGCCCCGUCCUGAGUCCCAGCAGCCCGGCUUCCCGUCCCGUCCUCAGUCCCAGCAGCCCAGCAACUCACCGCAGCCCCGUCCUCAGGCCCAGCAGCCCGGCUUCCCGUCCCGUCCUCAGUACCAGCAGCCCAGCAACUCACCGCAGCCCCGUACUCAGGCCCAGCAGCCAGGCUUCCCGUCCCGUCCUCAGUACCAGCAGCCAAGCAACUCACCGCAGCCCCGUCCCCAGGCCCAGCAGCCCGGCUUCCCAUCCCGUCCUCAGUACCAGCAGCCAAGCAACUCACCGCAGCCCCGUCCCCAGGCCCAGCAGCCCGGCUUCCCGUCCCGUCCCCAGGCCCAGCAUCCCGGCUUCCUGCCCCGUCCUCAGUCCCAGCAGCCCAGCAACUCACCGCAGCACCGUACUCAGUCCCAGCAGCCCGGCUUCCCGUCCCGUCCCCAGGCCCAACAUCCCGGCUUCCCAGCCCAGCAACUCACUGCAGCUCCGUCCCCAGGCCCAGCAGCCGGUGUACCAGACCAAGCUCCGUCCUCAGCCGGGCUACUAGGCCAAGCCCAGCCAGCCGGCUACCAGGCCAAGCCCAGGCCCCAGGCCCAGCAGCCUGUGCCCCAGCCAGCCAGCUACCAACCCAGUGGCAGUUUUGUCUCUCAACUUCCUGCCAAGACUGAAGCUGUACCAAGAGAGGUUGAACAGGAAUGGGACCCAUCGCGACUUGGAAACUAAAGGUGUUUUUGGCUGAAACUGAAGAUUUCUUGGAAGUGUUUCAACUGACUGGCCUUGAUAAACUAACUCUCGCCUACAGAGUCUUUAAAGAAAUAAAUGCAUUUUACACUGAUGGAAAUCAA